AGCCCCGCCCCUGGCGGAGGGCUGCGGGCUUUAAGGGCCGGAGGCCAUCACCCCGGGCGCCAGCGUGCACCGAGUGCGCAGUAUUCGAGGAGCGCAGAGACCGGAGCGCGAAGACGCCACCAGCGGCCACGAUGUGUGGGAUCUUUGCCUACAUGAACUACAGAGUCCCCCGCACCAGGAAGGAGAUUUUUGAAACCCUCCUCAAAGGCCUACAGCGGCUGGAGUACAGAGGCUAUGACUCGGCAGGUGUGGCGAUCGAUGGAAAUGACAGCAAUGUCAAAGAAAGAUGCAUCCAGCUGGUCAAAAAAAGAGGGAAUGUCAAGGCCCUGGACGAAGAGCUUUACAAGCAAGCCAGUGUGGACUUGGAGGUGGAGUUUGAGACCCACUUUGGCAUUGCGCACACACGCUGGGCCACCCAUGGGGCCCCCAGCGCCAUCAACAGCCACCCACAGCGAUCGGACAAAGGCAACGAAUUCGUGGUCAUCCACAAUGGGAUCAUCACAAAUUACAAAGACCUGAGGAAAUUUCUGGAAAGCAAAGGCUAUGAGUUUGAGUCAGAAACAGACACGGAGACCAUCGCCAAGCUGAUCAAAUACGUGUUCGACAACAGAGAGUUCGAGGACAUCACAUUUUCAACCCUGGUCGAGAGAGUCGUGCAGCAGCUGGAAGGAGCGUUCGCAUUGGUUUUCAAGAGCAUCCAUUACCCGGGAGAAGCUGUUGCCACAAGGAGAGGCAGCCCCCUGCUGAUCGGAGUGCGGAGCAAACACAAGCUCUCCACAGAACAGGUCCCCGUCCUGUACAGGCCAGGCAGCAUCGAGAACGCCAAGAACAUCUGUAAAGCGAGGAUGCAGAGGCUAGACAGCUCAACCUGCCUUCACGCCGUGGGCAAUAAAGCUGUGGAAUUCUUCUUUGCUUCUGAUGCAAGUGCCAUCAUAGAACACACCAACCGGGUCAUCUUCCUCGAGGAUGAUGAUAUCGCCGCAGUGGCUGAUGGGAAACUCUCCAUUCACCGGGUUAAGCGUUCGGCUAGUGAUGACCCAUCUCGAGCCAUCCAGACCUUGCAGAUGGAGUUGCAGCAGAUCAUGAAAGGCAACUUCAGUGCGUUUAUGCAAAAGGAGAUCUUUGAGCAGCCAGAGUCCGUCUUCAACACCAUGAGAGGCCGGGUCAACUUCGAGACCGGCACAGUGCUCCUGGGAGGCCUGAAGGCCCACUUGAAGGAAAUUCGACGGUGCCGACGGCUCAUCGUGAUUGGCUGUGGAACCAGUUACCAUGCCGCUGUGGCCACACGGCAAGUGUUGGAGGAACUGACCGAGCUCCCCGUGAUGGUGGAACUGGCCAGCGAUUUUCUGGACAGGAACACACCCGUAUUCAGGGAUGACGUCUGCUUCUUCAUAAGCCAGUCAGGCGAGACUGCAGACACCCUGCUGGCGCUGCGCUACUGCAAGGACCGCGGGGCCCUGACCGUGGGCGUCACCAACACCGUGGGCAGCUCCAUCUCCCGAGAGACCGACUGUGGCGUCCACAUCAAUGCAGGCCCAGAGGUUGGCGUGGCCAGCACCAAGGCUUACACCAGCCAGUUCAUCUCCCUGGUGAUGUUUGGCCUGAUGAUGUCCGAAGACCGCAUCUCACUGCAGGCGAGGAGGCGUGAGAUCAUCCACGGCCUACAGUCGCUACCCGAGCUGAUCAAGGAAGUGUUGUCACUGGACCAGAAGAUCCACGACCUGGCCCUAGAGCUCUACACGCAGAGGUCGCUCCUGGUCAUGGGGCGGGGCUACAACUAUGCGACGUGCCUGGAAGGAGCCCUGAAAAUUAAGGAGAUAACCUACAUGCACUCCGAAGGCAUCCUGGCAGGGGAGCUGAAGCACGGACCACUGGCGCUGAUUGACAGGCAGAUGCCUGUCAUCAUGGUCAUCAUGAAGGACCCCUGCUUCGCCAAGUGCCAGAACGCCCUGCAGCAGAUCACGGCCCGCCAGGGUCGCCCGAUCAUACUGUGCUCCCGGGACGACACCGAGAGUGCCAAGCUUGCCUACCGCACCAUCUCACUGCCUCGCACGGUGGACUGCCUGCAGGGCAUCCUCAGCGUCAUCCCCCUGCAGCUCCUUUCCUUCCACCUGGCCGUUCUCCGAGGCUACGAUGUUGACUUCCCCAGAAAUCUGGCCAAGUCUGUAACUGUGGAAUGAGAGGGAAUGAGGAAGCCAUCACUGUGUUGAAUCGGGUUCAAGACCUACCCUGGCGAUACCAGUCUCAUCUCCUGGAUCCCACGGAGCCUGACAGCUUCUAUGUGCCUUGUACCCCAGUGCUUUGCUUAUGGCAGAUACAGUUUCUCUGUGUCCUGAAGUUGCCAGAGGAGAAGGGACUCCUUGUUCCACGUGGGGGUCAGAGCCGACUCUCCCACUACCGUGCAAUGUACAGCUCAUCCGAGCAACUGUGAACCUUUUUUAACCAACGCUAGUUAGUUUUAAGAGACAAAAUAUUUAUAAUGACAAUUGUAUAGCUUUUAAGUUAUUUUUCUAGUAUGUGGCUUGCUGUAGCAGGGGUCCUGCCCAGACUGUGCCCCCCACUGCCCAGUGCACUCCGUCUCCUGGCCAGGGCAUUCAUCUCAGAUUUGAGCACCAGGUACUUCCUCUCGACUCCUUUCUCCUUCCUCUUCCUCUCUCGGCUGCUCCUCAACCCAGUCCCCCGACGUCAGAGAAGCUCUCCCCCCACCAAGUCCUGUCGAAAUCUCAACUCCCUUCCAUGGCCGCUCACCUCUUGUCUACCCUCCACCUUUGGUUUCACCUGAUUGUGACUCUUUUCAAGCCCAGGCAGCAUUUCGGUCCCUGCUCCUGCCCUUAGCAAAAAGCUUGAAAUAUCCCGUGCAAGAGAGUAGUUUCAAGCAGGUUCUUUCGUCCUCUAUUUAAAAGCUUGCACCAUCAAAGAACUAUGCAAUUCUAAGACAAUAAAGGCAGUAUAAUAUUUCUGUCUUGUG